CUCCCUGAGAGAAAGCCGAGCUGCUCGGCCCGCCUUCAGCCUGUCCCCUCAGGAUGGCUGGACGGUGCAGGUCAGUCCCGAAGACCAGCGAAACUCCUCCGCAGUGACCGGAAACACACUGAACCGGAUUAAACCGCGAUUCGGAUCAUCUGAGCGGCUUCAGUCCAGCCCGUCAGCGCGGUCCGGAUCAGCUGCCGCGCCGCUCCGCUCCGCUCCGUUCAGUCCAGACCUUCAAGUGACGUCCUCCCCACCCCAUCCCCCCCGACACCCCUGAAGAGGAAUUUGGCACCAGUACAGUACUCGAGGGAUGAAUGAGGUUUCCUCUACACUACUACGGCGGUACCGCCUGGCCAGGACUGACACAGACAACUCUGUGUCUAAUGCGGCAGGAGCCUCCAGUCAGGACACGGCCGAGUCCCGGGACGGCUCGGGAGACGGAGACCCCGCCUUCCCUCUGUCCUCUCUGGCAGGGCUGCUGGAGGGAGAGGAGGGUUCCCCUCCAGCUCCGGACCCUGUCCGGCCCACCGGGCCACCGCAUGCAGAUGGAAAACAGAACCUUCGUAUCAAGUUCCACGGAGCUUUUAAGAAGGGCAUCUCAAACCCGAUGGACCUGCUGGAGUCCACCAUAUAUGAGUCCCCUGUGGCUCCGGGGCCCAAAAAGGCCCCCAUGGACUCCCUUUUCGACUACGGCACAUACCGGGCAAACAACAACCAAAAACGCCGCAGGAAGAAGCUCCCACGAGGGAAGACUGAGAACGAGGCUUCUUGUGACGAGGGCUCGACUGAUCCCCCAAAGGUUCUGAAGGAGUUUAGCCGCUUCAUGCUGUUCGACGCUGUGUCCCGAGCGGACCCCAGCUCUCUGGAUGGCCUGCUGCAGUACCUGCAGGCUCAAGACAAGAGGCUAACAGACGAGGAGUUCAGAGAGCUGUCCACGGGGAAGACUUGUCUACCUAAAGCUCUCCUGAACCUGUACGGUGGGAAGAACGACACCAUCCCCCUGCUGGUGGACAUCGCCGAGCAGAUGGGAAACCUGCGCGAGUUCAUCAACACGCCCUUUAGAGACGUCUAUUAUCGCGGUCAGACGGCGCUGCACAUUGCCAUAGAGCGGCGCUGUAAGCAGUACGCCGAGCUGCUGGUGGAGAAAGGAGCGGAUGUCCACGCUCAGGCCCGUGGACGUUUCUUCCAGCCCAGAGACGAGGGAGGAUACUUCUACUUCGGUGAGCUGCCGCUCUCUCUGGCCGCCUGCACUAAUCAGCCAGACAUGGUGCACUACCUGACGGAGAACAGCCAUAAGAAGGCGGACCUGCGGCGCCAGGACUCGCGGGGGAACACGGUGCUGCACGCGCUGGUGCACAUCGCAGACAACACGCGCGACAACACGCGCUUCCUCACCAAGAUGUACGACCUGCUGCUCAUCAAGUGUGCCAAAGUUUACCCAGACUGCAACCUGGAGGAGGUGCUCAACAACGACGGCAUGUCCCCCCUCAUGAUGGCCGCCAAGCUGGGCAAAAUCGGGGUGUUCCAGCACAUCAUCCGGAGGGAGAUAAAGGACGAGGAGGCUCGUCACCUGUGCCGCAAGUUUAAAGACUGGGCUUAUGGACCCGUUUACUCCUCGCUCUACGACCUGUCCUCUCUGGACACCUGCGGGGAGGAAGUGUCGGUGCUGGAGAUCCUCGUCUACAACAGCAGGAUCGAGAACUGCCACGAGAUGCUGGCCGUGGAGCCCAUCAAUGAGCUGCUGAGGGCCAAGUGGCAGAAGUUUGGAGCCGUGACCUUCUACAUCAGCGUGGUUUCCUACCUCAUUACCAUGAUCAUCUUCACCCUCGUCGCCUACUACCGCCCCUCAGAGGGCACGCCUCCGUAUCCGUAUGUAACCACGGGAGACAAACUGCGUUUGGCUGGAGAGAUCAUCACCUUCGCCUCCGGAGUCUUUUUCUUCUUAACUAAUGUUAAGGACCUGUUCCUGAAGAAGUGCCCGGGGGUGAAUUCGUUAUUUAUUGAUGGAUCCUUUCAACUCCUCUACUUCAUCUACUCGGUGCUCGUGCUGGUGACGGCAGCUCUUUACCUGUCAGGAAUCCAGGCCUACGUUAGCGUGAUGGUGUUUGCAUUAGUAUUGGGCUGGAUGAACACGCUGUACUUCACCAGAGGACUCAAACUCACUGGAACCUACAGCAUCAUGAUCCAGAAGAUUCUCUUCAAAGAUCUCUUCCGCUUCCUGCUGGUCUACGUUCUCUUCAUGAUUGGCUAUGCCUCAGCUUUGGUGUCCUUGCUGACCGUCUGUCCCACCAACAGCACGAUCUGCGCUGUCGACUGCCCCGCUAGCUUGCAUUGCCGCGACACCGUCGCCUUCAGUGUCUUCCUGCUGGACCUGUUCAAGCUGACCAUUGGUACAGGCGACCUGGACGACCUUUUGCAGGGUGCACAGUACCCCGCGGUCUUUCUCAUCCUAGUGGUCACCUACAUCAUCCUCACCUUCGUCCUGCUGUUGAACAUGCUGAUCGCUCUCAUGGGGGAGACGGUCAGCCAGGUGUCCAAGGAGAGCAAGAAGAUCUGGAAGCUACAGUGGGCUACAACCAUCCUGGACAUCGAGCGCUCCUUCCCUGUGUGCCUGCGCAGGUCCUUCCGCGUGGGUGAGAUGGUGACGGUGGGCAAGAACUGGGAUGGGACGCCUGACAAACGCUGGUGCUUCAGGGUGGACGAGGUGAAGUGGUCUCACUGGAACCAGAACUUGGGAAUUAUUAACGAAGAUCCAGGACAGAAAGAGCUAAACCACAAUGAAAACGCACAGACCGGGAAAGGACUGAGGAGAGACCGGUGGUCCACAGUGGUCCCACGGGUGGUGGAGCUGAGUAAAGGCACCAGAUCUAGAGACCAUGUGGUGGAGAUGGAACCCCUCAGCCCCAGAAACAGACUCCGAUCUGAGAGCUAACCAGGGGUCCAAACCCGGGACAGUCGUUCAACAGAGACUCACAGAUGCCACGCAGAGGCCACUCAGCAGGGGGGGGACCAAAUCAACUCCAAUCACUACACAGAGAACAUGACUAGGGGUCCGGAUCUGCUCUGAUUGGCCCGUUCAUGUGAACAGCACAGACUGCACGAAUCUACUCUCAUAAACUGCACAGGAAAGGAAGCACGAGUCACCUCUGAUUGGUCACGUCACAUAAACAGCGCAUAAACAAGUCCACAUCUGCUGCGGUCAAGCUUUAGAGGGUCACUGUAAGAAAACGUACUUCCAAAACGAAACUUUUAGACGUGGAAGCUUCUUCACUUUAUCCCAAGUAAUGUUGGACCAUUUCCGUUGGUCCGUUUAUCAUGAAACAUUCUAGGACGUGAAAAUAUCAGGAGGACAUGUUGCAAUAUUAUGUUUUCAUGAUAAAUCGGUGGUUCCUAAGUCAGACCUGGAGACCUCAUGCUCAGUAAACGAGGAGCUUCUAAUAAGUUACUUUAAAUAGACGGACUUCGAUAACUCCUGUAGUUAAAUAUCGCAGUAUUUUUCCCAGAUGGUUUCCUGAAUGGAGCUCAUCACUCUAGCAGUGCAAACUGUGUUCAGUAUUCCUGUUAACACAGUUGUAUUCCUUUAAAGCAAUGGUUUGACAAAAAAUCAGAUAUCCACAAUUUCCUCCCAAGCCCAGAUGUAGUCAAUCAGUCGAGACAUCUUUGUUGUUCAAAUUUAGCUUCUUUAGUUUAGUCCCGGCACUGCAAGGCUAAUGUCGCUAACAAACACUAGAAGUCAAUAGUCACCCAAAGUUGUUUUUGUAAAUGCAUUCCCAAAAUUUCUCUCAACUCACUCAAAACCGUCAGCAGGAGUUCAUCGUCCGUGUAACCCUAGUGGAGGCCUGAAUGCAGAACAUUUGGGUGACUAUGGGCUCCAAGUAUAAGCAGUAUUAGCCUCAGAGCUCCAGUACUAAGCUAAAGCAGCACAAUUUGGAACUGUUAGUCUAGAUUUGGAGAAAGUGUAAAAUUGCGGAAAUUUGAAAAAUUGUCGCCAGAGCAUUCCUUUAAAAAGCAAUAUACUGGGUGCCUUAUGAUGUUUAUAUAAUGUAAAAGGGCAUCUAGCGCUUUCAAAUAUUGGGAAAAAUGAUAAAACUAUAGCCACUUUUCCAGACCUAGAUUAAGGCUAAUCCCAGUCUACUAAGCAUUCACUAUAGGCUUUGUAGAUUUGUCCAAGACGAGGCUAAAUUCAUGUCCGGUAAAUGAAUAGCCCUAGUGAUGAUAAACAGCCCAGAUGGACACUGCUGUACUGUUGGGUGACAGACCGGUUUGAUCUACCAAGUGACCUGACCAAAAGAGCUCUCGCCUCGCCCACUGAGGGCAGGACAGUCACUUCAACGCUAAUGGGCGCAUAAGUACCUUUGAGCUGCAUGCAUUUUUUUAUUAGACAUUUUCAACAG